AUGCUUUCUUUGCUUUUCAUAUCUCUGCUGCUGCUGCAGACUCCAGGCUAUGGUGACAGGACCGAGAAGUUUCCCUGCUUCCACCAGAUUAAUCCCAUUGUUUCCCGAGAUGGGGACCUGGUGAUUGGGAUCUUUUUAUCCUUGUUCUCAGUUGAAGUGAAAAAGUUAACAGGAGCAGAACUGUUCAAAAGUUUUCCUAACAAAGCUUGUAAUACUUAUCAGUGGCUGCACAAAAAUUACCAGCAGGCCCUGGCUGUUGUAUUUGCUGUAGAGGAGAUUAACAGGGAUGCUGAUCUGUUGCCCAACAUUUCCCUGGGAUUCCACAUAUACAAUACCCACCACAGUGAUGAGAGGACCUUGGAGAGCUCCCUGCAGUGGCUGUCUGGGCCUGGCCAGCUCAUCCCUAACUAUAGCUGCAGGAAGCAGGACAAGUCAGUGGCUGUUAUUGGUGGAGCCACAUCAGCUCUGUCUGUCCAGAUGGGGACUCUGCUCCACCUGUAUAAGUUUGCACAGAUCAGCUAUGGUCCAUUUGAUUCAGUUCUUAAUGACAAGGUCCAGCUUCCUUCCCUCUAUCAGAUGGCCCCCAAAGACUCUUCUCUUCACCGAGGUGUUGUCCACUUAAUGGUAUAUUUUAAAUGGAACUGGAUAGGUCUGAUUGCCUCAGAUGAUAUGAGAGGCGAGGAAUUCCUCUUUGAAGUGAGAAGGGAAAUGGUAAAGAAUGGUAUCUGUGUGGCCUUCACAGAGAAGAUCCCUGUCAGUGAGAGAAGUCAUAUGGAAUCAUAUGAGACUUUCAUGCCCAGGAUCUUAGCAUCAUCAGCUAAGGUGAUUGUCAUCCAUGGAGACACAGAUUCAUUAAUGAUUCUGAGAUACUCACAAUUUCCUUUGCUUCUAACAUGGAAGAUGUGGAUUGCUACAUCUCACUGGGACAUCACUAUGAGACCCCUUUAUGCUGAUGGUUAUGCUUUCCAUGGGGCUCUCACAUUUUCACACAUGACAAGUGAAAUUCCGGGGUUCAAGAAUUUUCUUAAGAGAGUUACACCUUCUAAAUACCCAGACGACAUUUUGCUUAGGGGAUUCUGGCUCUCAGUUUUUAGCUGCCCAGAUCAACCAGAAAACUCAGAGCAAGAGGUAUGUUCACCAAAUGCUUCUUUGGAGACAUUGCCUCUGUGCUUUUUUGAUAUGACUAUGUCUGGUUUGAGUUACACCAUUUACAAUACUGUCUAUGCUGUGGCUUGGGCUCUUCAUGAGAUGCUUAUGAGAAAAUCUGAGAAAAUAUCAAUGGGAGAUGAAGAAUAUUUAGUACCUCAUCCUUGGCAGCUGCACGCCUCUCUGAAGAACACCCAAUUUAACAACAGUGCUGGUGACCAGGUGUUUGUGGAUGAGAAUAGAAGCUCUGAGAUCCAAUAUGCCAUUAUGAACUAUGUCUUCUUUCCUAAUUGGUCUGAGACUCUGGUGAAAGUGGGGCAGUUUGUCCCCAAGGCUCCACGUGGUCAAGAUUUCACAAUGUGUGAGGAUGACAUAGUGUGGGGAUUUUGGGAUUCAAAGGUUCCAUGUGGAGUAUGCAGUGACAGUUGUGGUCCUGGAUUCAGGAAGACCCUUUUGGAGGGGAAGGCUGCCUGCUGCUUUGACUGCUCCCCAUGCCCAGAAGGGGAGAUCUCCAGUCAGAUGGAUGCAGAGCAGUGUAUGAAAUGCCCAGAAGAUGAAUAUCCAAAUAAGCAGAGAGACGGCUGCCUGCUCAAGCCUGUGACCUGCCUGAAUGUGAAAGAUCCUUUGGGGAUGACUUUGGCCUCUGUAGCUGUUUUCUUCUCUUUACUCACAGCUCUGGUUCUGGGCAUCUUUGUGAAGUUUCAAGACACUCCCAUAGUCAAAGCCAAUAACCAGACUCUCAGCUAUGCCCUCCUCAUCUCCCUUACUUUCUGCUUCCUAUCCUCCUUGCUCUUCAUAGGCCAGCCUACCAUUGCCACCUGUCUCCUACAGCAAACAGUGUUUGCAAUUGUGUUCACAGUGGCUGUUUCCUCUAUUUUGGCCAAAACCAUCUUAGUGGUUUUGGCUUUCAGGAUUAUAAGGCCAGGGAGCAGGAUCCGGAUAUUCAUACACCCUAGAAUGUCCAACUAUGUUGUUCUCAUCUGCUCUGGUAUUCAAGUUAUUUUCUGUGCCAUCUGGUUGGGAACUUCUCCUCCCUUUCCAGAGGCAGACACACACUCUGAAUCUGGCCACAUAAUCCUUAGAUGUAAUGAGGGUUCUGUCUUUGCAUUUUACUGUGUCCUGGGCUACAUGGGCUUUCUGGCCCUGGGAAGCUUUAGUGUAGCUUUCUUGGCUAGGCACUUGCCUGAUACCUUCAAUGAAGCCAAGUUCAUCACUUUCAGCAUGCUGGUGUUUUGUAGUGUCUGGGCCUCUUUUCUCCCCACAUAUCAGAGUACCAAAGGGAAGGCCAUGGUGAUUGUGGAGAUCUUCUCCAUCUUGGCCUCCAGUGCUGGGUUACUGGGUUGCAUUUUUAUUCCCAAAUGUUAUGUGAUCCUCCUGAAGCCAGACAGAAAUACCCAGGAACAGAUAAAGAAUCAUCAGGAUUCCAGAGGCAAUAUUUUUUCUGAAGCCCAGCCUUAUAAUUCUCAUUUUGGGAAUAAUACUCUUGAAGGAUAA